CCUCUCUUCGCGUCGGCAGCGCCAUCUACACGUGUCCUAUAUCGGCAUAGUACACAUGUUUGCAACUCACGGAGCUGUCAAAACAAUAGUAAUAACCUCGCUAUCGGUAACGAUGUGCGAGGAGGCGAUGUGUUUUUGGCGCGGUGAAACUGUGGCGGGAUCGUGAGCCGGAAAAUUGAACUAGCGGUGUACGUGUGUGGCUGUUUUUUUUUUUUCGAAACUUAACCUACGACAAUCUUCAGUUGCGCGCGAGCCGCCCCGCACGCGCUUUGCGCCGCAUCCGCAACGAAAAGCCGAAAAACCGACGAAUGGACACCGAUGUGCCGAUCCCCGCCGAAUUCAAUUUACGGACUAUCCGUGAAUGUGGACCGAACGUUGGUUAUUCAAAAGCGGCGAAGACGCUUUCGUAGACCUCAUGAAGUGAAACCUUCAUUCGCUUUGCUCAAUUUUGUGAUGAUAGACGUAUAAAGUGCCUUCUACGUACAAAGUAAAUGAUUUUUUGUGAUGACAUAGUGCAAAGAUAGACUUAGUUUUUCGUAGUGUAAGUGUAAAAAAGACUUGUGGGACCAAAAGUACUUUAUUUUUGUUUCUUAUGGACAAAUACUGGUCGUGUUUAACAAGAUCGCCAAAACUGCAUGGUGGUUGGCAGACCACCACAACUGGCGAACGCAGUUCAAUUCCUGCACGGUUCGUUCGUAUGCCAUGGCGGAGUGCUCUUUCGCGCGCUGUCAGCAGGAACGUCGCGCCAUACGCAAGGAGCUGCAGCGCUGGACAAAGAACAUGGUCUACAUACUAGGUCUAGAACGGGUGGCGGAGGAGUUGAUGGGUCGAAGAAAAUGGAAACUAUAUCAGGACGCGUUAAUACCAAAACGGAGCGACGGGGAACAGUCCAGCGACGAGGAUACCACGCCUGCCACCGACCCCCCGCCCGCUCUCAAGAUAAAGACCAUCGAGGAGAUCAACGCGCCCGACGAGACCAGGGCAGGGGAGGAGACGAGGGCUGGGCUCGAGAACAGGGCAGGGGACGAGACGAGAGCGCGGGAGGACAGUGGAACGAAGACCGGCCGUCCGGAGACGAUACUGGAGAGCCUCAUCAAACGGCCAGCGACGCAGCCCAAACUCGAGCUGCCAGAAGAGCCGGCAGACUGGAAGCCCCCGGAGAAGUGUUACUUCUGUGUCGACGGGGCUGAGCAGCCCUCUGCCGACUCCAGAGCUGCGCCUACGAGUCCAGCGUCGGAGUCGGAUAGUAGUUCAGUGUCGGGCGCUCGUAGCCCGGCCGCCGCGCCGCCGCUGCUGCAGCAAAUGCUGCAGUUACAGCUACAAGCACAGACCCCGCAGGCCAUUGCACAGUUCCAGCAGAUGCUGGCGGCGCUGGCGGCGUUAGGCAGCGGGCUUGUGCCGCCGCCGCUGCCGCAAGCCUGGCUUAUACAGCGACUCGCCCAGACCAGGCAACAACCAGACAGGCUGGCUGAAUGCGACAAGCCGCCAGCGCCGACCUCAUCGCCGAUAUCGGCCGAGCAACCGCUGGACCUGAGCGCAAAAUCCACGUCCAGCACGAGCGGCACCCCGCCCCCGGACCACAAUAACUUGGAUAAUUCCAGAUUAAAACGCUCGGUGACGGACAACGCUAACAACGUAUCGCGGCGGACGUACUCCGAGGAGGAGCUGCAGUCAGCACUGCGCGACAUCCAGUCGGGUCGACUGGGCACACGCCGCGCCGCUGCCCUCUACAGGAUACCGCGCUCCACGCUACGCAAUAAGAUCAACAAGUGCGGCAUCCCCACCGACCCGUCGCACGACUCCGACCCCGACAGCGAGCCCGAGCGAACCGACUCACCACCUUCCGUUAUACUCAAGAUACCCACCUUCCCGCCACCGGACGAGAAGAGCCCGUCCCCCGCGACGCCCGUCACCCCCAUCACCCCGCUCAUACCCCCGCCCCAGCCGACGCUCAACCAGGCCUCGCAACUUCUCCUCCCGUCGGUCUUCGCUGACCCACCCUCUACCCAACAUCUAUUUACAUCCCUUAGCGACGUCAUAGCUAAAAGUAUCAGUCAGAAAUUCCAGCAGCCUCUAGAGAGGCCGCCGCAACCCGACCUACCCUUCAUGCGCGCGCCCGACAGGCACGUGUCGGUCAUAAAGACGCCACCAGACAAUCAGAGGAAUUACCCGGCGCCGAGUAACUCGCGCGCCGCUACCAACAACAACGGACAACCGGCGGCCGGCGGAAAGGGCACGCGCCCCAAGCGAGGCAAAUACAGGAACUACGACAGGGACAGUCUCGUCGAGGCGGUGAAAGCCGUGCAGCGGGGGGAGAUGUCGGUGCACAGGGCGGGUUCCUACUACGGCGUACCCCAUUCCACUUUGGAGUACAAAGUGAAGGAGCGACAUUUAAUGCGGCCGAGAAAAAGGGAGCCAAAGCCGCAGCAGGAAGCAAAGCCGCAACCCAAACCACCGCCGAAGCCUCCAACUAAACCUUUCACGAACGGGCUCAAUGGGCCAGAAGCCUAUCCUUCGGGGUACCCGUUCUGGGCGGGGGGGUUCGCCCCUCCACCAGCACCAGACCUCUACGCCUCUCACAUGAUGAGGCGAUUGCGCGACGAAGCGCCGCCUGCGAACGGAUCCUUCCUCGAGGGUAUCAUAAGGUCGAGCCUGGAGAGACCGCUGAUCCAGCGGCUGGCGGAGCCACGGGCGCCGAUGGCGACGAGCGAGGCACCCAGUCUGCUGCGGCGGCUGGCUGGCGAGCCCGAGGAGCCGCCGCCCGCGCGUCGGCCGCGUAUCGAUAGCUCGGACCGGCAGCUGGCGGCAGAGAUGCGUGAGGCGGUGCAGCGGCUACGUGCCGACAAGCUGCGGCCGCGCAAUGGCACGCCCACGCCGCCUGCCGGCUCGCCGCCGCCGCUGCCGCCCGCCGCGCCGCCCGCGCCGCCCGAUCACGUGUAGACUGCAGCCGAGGCCGGCGCCGGGCCCGCGGGCUCGGGCCGCGCGACGCCGCGACGCCGCGAUCUCCUCAGUCUUUGUGAUAAUUACUAUAAAGUACAUUCCGUUGGCGAGACGCGUCGCAACUUCGGUGUCGGUGUGCCUCCAUUAUGGCUUUAGUGCAAUAGUUGCGAGUUUCCGUGUAUACUGUUAUAGUGACAAUAACUAUAGUUUUAUCCGACUCGACCGGUUUUGGUUUGCGUUCGUUUUCACUGCUAGCUUCUCCCCUUCCCCCUCCCCCUGACAGCUUCCCGCCGCCGCCGGCCGGCGACUCUCACCGCUCCACACACGAUACGUAUCACCAAAUAUCACAAUAGUUACCUUAACUCACGACCGGUUCGAUAUAACCACAGCUUUACUAAUGCAAUAUCACAGUAAAAUAGUCUUUACACCCCAUACCCAUGCCGUUUUGGCCUUCGGGAUGACGUCACUUGCGUCUUCUAGUGCCAUUCCGAAUACGUCUCUCGCUUCUCUACAAAAACAUCGAUUCAAUAAGGCUUUUAGAUUACUCUAUUCUAAGUUUUGUACAAGAUUUCUUUUAUCAGCUUCUUUUUAGGCUGAGAAAAUCAGAAAAUACAACUAAGGUUAGCGCCUAUUUGUAGAGAUGGGAGACAUCAAACGAAUGCCGCUAUAAGCGCAACCGACAGAAGGUUGUCCAAAAUUUCUCCCAAAAUCCGAAAAGCCUCGAUUUUUGACCUUGUUUUUAAGUGAAAGACAACCAAAAGUUAAUGUUAUAAAAUCAACUAUUUAAAUAUUUUUAAGUAAUAAAAAAUUGUAACAAAUUAAUUAUACGCUAGCUAUGAGUGUAACGUUAUCGAUUUUUAAGUGAACUAUCGCAUAUUUUGUGCGGUGUUUUUAUAAUUAGAUAGGUAAUAUAUUGAAUGAAAUGAUUAGCUGUUCGGGGCUAUCUCUGUCCCCGUCUGCCGCGGGGCGAGCGAGCGGGACGGCGACAGUAGGGAUGCGCGGAUGUCUGCAGAGCCUCGUAUCGAUAUGUUCGGACUUAUGUGCAAUUAUUAUUUUGUAAAAAAAUAGUAAUUUAAACUGUGUCUAAGCUAACACGUGGAUUUCCAUAUUACUAAAUGUGAUAUUUAGGUAUUAUAAAUGCGGUUUGCUUCUAGACCUAGGGCAUCUUCGGCCCCACCAUGGUAUAUACACGGACGUACAUCGGUACAUCUAGUAAACUUAUAUAUUUUAUGUACUAUUAUUGUAUCUUAAGAAAAUAUAUUCUUAUUUUUCAUGGUCCAAGUUUUAAAUGUUUUAUCGACUAUACAAAAAUAUGGAUAAUCACUAUUAUAUUCUUGUCGACUUUAAAAUUAUAACUAGCACAAAAAUCUUCAAAAAAAAAGUAUCUUCAAAUUUGUGGAAUUUUUUGGUGUUCAAUCGAAAAUAUAUUACGGAGGGAUGAAAUUGAAAAAAAAAUGUAUACGCUCUCCCAGAUUAAAUUUAGGUAAAAUCUAUUUGGAUAAAAAAUAUCAUACGAUUACUUAUUGUAAGUUACGUGUUAAUGUACGCCUCAUGGAAAUUAAGAAGUCUUUGUAUUGUGUAUGUAAUUAAAAUAUACAUAUAUUAUAUACAAGUUAAAAAGAUUAUUGUCGUACAUUUCUCUUCAGAGACCAUGAGUAUGGCUUGCAUUCGACAUUCCGACAUAAAUUCUAUACCGAGUAGACUGCGCGAAAAAAGACAAUCUGUAUAAAAUAAAAUUUAGGGCAAGGAAAAAAUUUAAAAUAUCGCGAUUUUUUUUAAUCAUCAAAUAAAUAAUAAACUGCGAUUUAUUUUACAAAUAUGGACGCAGCUGAUUUUGUGGUUUUGUAAUUACCAAAAAAUAAAAUAUACAAAUAAAUUAUAUUCAAAUCAAAAUACAUAUCCAAUGACGUCAUGUCAAAUGCAAGUUUAAAAGAUAACAAAAGAAAAAUUUUUAUAUUCGAAAUUUUAAAACUAGUCGAUAGCAUGUUGCUCAUUACUAUUUGCUUUCUGUUUGUAAAAAUUGAACUAUUUUUAAUCUAAGCAUUUAGUACUUGUAUAUGUUUAUUGCAUUUAUAAAUAUCAAAGAUUUACAAUACAUAAAUUGGCCUUUCGCUAUAUACUUACCAUGUAUAAGUAUUAAAAAUGAAUGUCAGAUAUUUCGUGCUUGCAUGAAAUAUAGCAAAUAGAAAUUAAUAUUUAUUUAAACCAUUAUAAUUGGGAUAUUUGUAAAUUUGUAUAUUUGGAGAAUAAUAUUAAUUUAUUGGUCUCUAUAUGUAUUGAAAUCUUUGAUGAUAUGUAUACUUUUGUACUGAAUAAAAAAACAAUUAAAUUCCAUUGUCGUGUCGAACGCCCCACCAGACCGCAUUUCAAACGUCAAAAAUUUAAAAAUCGAACAACAUUUAAUUCUUUU